AGGAGGAGGCGGCGCCGCCCGGACUGUCUCCUCCCCGCCCCUCGCGUCUCCUCCCUGCGCCACCGGGAAGGACAAGGGGACCCGGCGCGGGGACCCCGGGCAGUGAGCGCCCGCGUCCCGGGGCCGUUCUCGCCGCACAUGGUGCUGGCCGCAGCCAUGAGCCAGGACGCCGAGCCCAGCGGCCCGGAGCAGGCGGACCGAGAUGCCCGCAGCGUGCCCGGUGCCCCCGCGCCCCCGGCGCCCCCGGGCCAACGAGGGAUGCAGCCGCAGCCGCCCGCAGCCGGCCUGCCCCAGAUCAUCCAAAAUGCCGCCAAGCUGCUGGACAAGAACCCCUUCUCGGUCAGUAACCCGAACCCUCUGCUCCCUUCGCCGGCCAGUCUCCAGCUGGCCCAGCUGCAAGCCCAGCUCACCCUCCACCGGCUGAAGCUGGCACAGACAGCCGUCACCAACAACACCGCAGCAGCCACGGUCCUGAACCAAGUCCUCUCCAAAGUGGCCAUGUCCCAGCCUCUCUUCAACCAGCUGAGGCAUCCGUCCGUGAUCAGCGCCCCGCCCAGCCAUACGGGGGUGCCCCAACAUGCCGCAACCAUGCCCAGUGCCCGCUUCCCCGCAAAUACAAUUGCCUUCUCAUCCCCGGGCCAGCCCCGAGGCCCGGGCCCCGCUGUGAGCCUUCCCAGCCAGCCCCCCGGGGCCGUGGUGAUGCAUCCCUUCAGUGGGGUCGUGCCUCCCACUCCCGCCCAGCCUGCGGUCCUCUUGGGCAUCGGCAAGACCGGGGCUGCGCCAGCGGCUGCGGGUUUCUAUGACUACGGCAAAGCCAACUUGGGCCAGGCGUACGGCUCGGAGACAGAGGGACAGCCCAGCUUCCUGCCGGCCCCGGCCUCUAGCUCGGGCAGCGUCACCUACGAAGGGCACUAUGGCCACUCGGGACAAGACGGCCAGGCUGCCUUUGCCAAGGACUUCUAUGGGCCCAGCUCCCAAGGGGGGUCACACGUGGUGGGCACGUUUGCCGCUGAGCAGGCGGGGGGCCUGAAGGGCGAGGUGGGGUCGCUGCUGCCGGGUGCCGGUGGCCAGUGGGAGAGUGCCCAUGGGUUCUCCGGCCAGAGCAAGCCCGAUCUCCUCGCAGGCCCCAGCCUGUGGCCGCCAGCCCCCAGCCAGCCCUAUGAGCUCUAUGACCCCGAGGAGCCCACCCCCGACAGGACCCCACCUUCUUUUGGGGGCCGGCUGAACAAUAGCAAGGCGGGCUUUGGUGGCGCCCGGGCACGGGCCAAGGAGGAGCAGGUCAUGCUGCCUGUGAGGCCCCUGCAGGCGCAGGAGCUCAAUGACUUCCAUGGCGUGGCCCCCCUCCACCUGCCACACGUCUGCAGCAUCUGUGACAAGAAGGUGUUUGACCUGAAGGACUGGGAGCUGCACGUGAAAGGGAAACUCCAUGCGCAGAAAUGCCUGGUCUUCUCAGAAAAUGCUGGUGUCCGCUGUUUGCUUGGCUCCGCUGAGGGACUGUGCACCUCUCCCAACAGCGCGGCUGUGUAUAACCCAGCAGGGAAUGAGGAAUAUACCUCAAACCUGGGGACCUCAUAUGUGGCAGUUCCAGCCAGGCCGUUUGUUCAGUCCAGCCCUGCAUUGCCGUCAGCUUCCCCAGGGACAAAUUUCACACAGCGGAAAACAGGUGCUGGCCGCGUGGUUCAUAUCUGCAAUCUCCCUGAAGGAAGUUGCACUGAGAAUGAUGUCAUCAACCUGGGACUACCCUUUGGAAAGGUCACUAAUUACAUCCUUAUGAAAUCUACUAAUCAGGCCUUUUUAGAGAUGGCUUACACAGAAGCUGCCCAGGCCAUGGUCCAGUACUACCACGAAAAAUCUGCUAUGAUCAAUGGUGAGAAGUUACUCAUUCGGAUGUCCAAGAGAUACAAGGAAUUGCAGCUAAAGAAACCGGGGAAAAAUGUGGCCGCCAUCAUCCAGGACAUCCAUUCCCAGAGGGAGAGGGACAUGUUCCGGGAAGCAGACAGGUACGGCCCGGAACGGCCUCGGUCGCGCAGUCCCGUGGGUCGCUCCCUCUCCCCGCGCUCCCACACUCCGAGCUUCGCCUCCUGCAGCUCCUCACACAGCCCCCCCGGGCCCUCUCGGACUGACUGGGCCAACAGCAGGGACUCGUGGGAACAUUCUCCCUUCGCCAGGAGGGAGGAAGAGCGAGACCCAGGGCCCUGGCGGGAGAACGGGGAGGACAAGAGGGACAGGACAGACACGUGGGCCCACGAUCGCAAGCACUACCCCCGGCCACUGGACAAAGCCGAGCUGGACGAGCGGCUGGAAGCCGGCAGGGGCCACCGAGAAAAGCACCCGAGGUCCGGGUCGCCUGUGCCCCUGCACGUGGUGUCACUGGGCUACAAAGGCCGGGAGGACGGCUAUUACCGGAAAGAGCCCAAAGGCAAAUCGGACAAGUAUCUCAAGCCGCAGGAUGUCCCUGGGAGGUCCAGGCGGAAGGACGAGGCCCGGCCUCGUGAGAGCAGACAGCCCUACCCCGAGGACGCCUGCAAGGAGGACGGGUUGGAUGCCAAGGGCAGCCGGGCCCCCGAGGGCGCCAGGUGUAAGCAGAACGAGAAGAGCAGAGCCAAGAGACCCGACAGAGACCAAGAAGGAGCUGAGGAGAGAAAGGAAAGCCGCCUGGGCAGGAGAGAGGCUGGAAAAGAGGAUGAGGAAGGCGAGGAAGGCAAGGAAGAAGCAUCCCCAUCGUUGGCCAGGCGGGAGAAAGAAGCCGAGACCUCUGACACAGAAAACAUAGGGACACAGAAGGAUCCGGACUGGGAGAGCGGAAGUGAAGCAGAGGGGGAGAGCUGGUACCCCACGAACAUGGAGGAGUUGGUCACAGUGGACGAGGUGGGGGAAGAGGAAGAUUUUAUCAUGGAACCCGACAUCCCAGAGCUGGAUGAGAUUGUGCCCAUUGACCAGAGGGACAAACUCUGCCCAGAAAUAUGUCCCUGUGUGACAGCCUUAGACCUGGACUUAGCCAAGGAUUCCACCCCGGAGAGGGUCAAGACCCUAGGGAACGGGGCUGCAGAAAUCACCCGCAAGUCAUCCAGAGAGCUGCCUCCUGCUCCCACGAGCCAUCCCGGUGACAUGGACGUGGAAAUGCCUGGCCUAAAUCUGGACGCUGAGCGGAAGCCAGCUGAAUGUGAGACAGGCCUCUCGCCGCAGGGUUCAGAUUGCUACGAGAAGCGGGCAAAGGGAGCAGAGAGCUCAGAUGCUCGUCCGGCCCCUGCAGCCCAGCAAAUGUCUUCCCCCAAGCCCGCCGAGGAGAGGGCCCGGCAGCCUAGCCCACUUCUCGAUGACCACAAGGCCAGGGGGAGCCCCGAAGAUGGGGUUUGUGAAGGCAGCCCCUUGGAGGAGAAAGCCAGCCCCCGCACCGAACCCGACCUCCAAAGCCAGGCUUGCCAAGGAGUGUUGAGCCCGGAAAGCUCCAGGUUCGGGGAAAUGAAAUCUCUGGACGUGAGGUCACCCGAAUACACUGAAGUGGAGCUGAAACAGCCCCUUGCUCUGCCCUCCUGGGAGCCCGAGGAUGUGUUCAGCGAACUUAGCAUUCCCCUGGGGGUGGAGUUCGUGGUGCCCCGAACCGGCUUUUACUGCAAGCUGUGUGGACUGUUCUAUACCAGUGAGGAGAUGGCCAAGAUGAGCCACUGCCGGAGCGCCAUCCACUACAGGAACUUACAGAUCCCCGCUGACCCUCGCCUUUUCCCUCUGACCCUGUCUCCGCUCUGCAGAAGUACCUGUCCCAGCUGGCUGAGGAGGGCCUGAAGGAGACGGAGGGGGCCGGCAGCCCACGGCCUGAGGACAGCGGGAUCGUGCCGCACUUUGAGAGGAAGAAGCCGUGACCUGUCUCUGCGCUGCUGCUGCUGCUGCUGCUGCUGCUGCUGCUGCUGUGGCCGGGGCAGCUGCAGGAAGAGGAGAGCCUGCGAGGGGGCCGUUGGGGUGGGGGACCCUCCCGGGGCCCGUCCCAGCCUCGGACGGGCAAACCAGGCAGGCCCCGCUGCCUGGGUCUGUUCUCAGAGACUCAUGCCACCCCCUGACGUGUCCCCAUGCCAUGCCUGGUGUGUCCACCCGCACAGUGUCCACUCUCUUUGCCUGUGGACGCGGUUCCCUUCACACGGCCCUUCUGUUGGCUUCUCCCCCACCCAGCUUCCCUCCCCCCACCCUCUCAGUGCCAAGGGUCAUUUCCUUUGCAUCAAAUCCAACUUCUCAGGGAUUUUCAUGUUUAAAUUCUUGAUGGGAAGUGACAAGUCAAGGCAAGCUAAGGCCUCCUAGGAGGGUUUCAGGAAACGCCUGGGUGGAAAGCCACUUCAGUGGACCGGGGACGUUUCCCCGCCUAGCAUCCUGGUUAGGGGCGGGGUGGGGUGGGGGGAGCCAUG